AUGACAAGAAUGAUAUCCACAGCUCCAGUUUUGUCGCAGCCUGAUGUAGAUAAGGCAAGGGAUAGCAGUAAGCCAUUUGUAAUUCGUACAGAUGCUUCCACGUACGGAUCAAGUGCUGUUUUGUUACAAGAUGGAGAGGACAAAGGACACUGUAUCCCAACUCUUUCGCGUCAUAAAGUUUGGGAGCGCAGAUAUUACAUUAUGGAUUUGGAAGCGUUCGCGGUAGUAUACGCAGUCAGCAGACUCCAUAUGUUCUUAUUCCCUAGUGAUGAUGGCGUUAACAGUGCUUUCCAAGCACUCAUGUGUCAGCGCGCGCUAACGUGGUUGCUGACGCAUAAAGCCGAAGAGUACUGA